UAUUGUUUAGCCACCCCCCAUUAACAAAACCUGAUACUGCUUGGCGGCAUAAAGGUCACUAGUCGAAGAGGGGCUGUUGUAAUCAGGCUAUGUUUUCGUUCGUCAUCGUCUAUUCGCUUUUUUUUUAUUUCUCCCAUUUCGAAGGUAUAGUGACAUUAACGAAUUAAAAGACCCAUAACGCGAUAAGUCAUUUGGGGAUUAGUGAGAAACCGACCGUAUCGCUGUGGACGUUUGUUGUUGUGAACAUUGGCGAUCGCGGCAAAUUUAAAUUGUAAUCGUAAAUAUUUUGUAAACAAUAUUCACGGUGCUACUCGUUCGGUUGACUGCAAUAGUAUUAAUUAAAACGCAUGUUAUCAAAGAUACUAUAGAUACUCAUAUUUUUAUUAAAAGUGUUUGAAAGUGGAAGAUUUCAGUGGUUUUAUCAAAUUAAAGUGACUAGUAGCUUGACGCGUCUUACAUUAUUACGGUCGUCAACGGAUAUUAUAAAGCAGCACCACGUUUCGUCACGGCAAAUUACGUUAUUCAAACCAUUUUCCUUCGAGAGGGUCUCCAUUGAAUACACGAGGCCAGUCAGUAAAAGCGGCGUCAUUGAGUCGAAUCGAAGCAUCGCCAAGACUGGCUGCAGGACCGGAGUGCGGACACGGCGGGGGCGGCGGGGCCGUCGGCGGCGGCGGCGCCGUCCGCCCUGGCUACGGAUAUGAAGCACUCUCGGCGGCUAGCGACGGUAGCGAGGGAGAACCUGACGACGCGCCUGAAUAUGCCGCCUUUGAAAUGGAACUCUCUGGUGGAGGUGAAUCCGCAGAAGGGCCUUCAUCACGUGGCUCUACGAAAGUUAAUUUUCCUCCCGAAGUGGAGCUCGAACGACGACCCACCGCUACGGCAGCUACUAUGGCUGCCUCUGCAGCCUACCACCGCGGUCGAGGACGCUCCAUGAGUGCCUGGAGUGACAUAAGUCGUUCCAGCAUACGGUUCGAAGAAAGAGUACGAGUGGAGUAUUAUGUGAACGAGAAUACUUUCAAAGAAAGACUGCAACUAUAUUUUAUAAAAAAUCAACGAUCGAGUUUACGCAUUAGGAUAGCGAACUUAUUUUUCAAACUUUUGGCCUGCGUGUUGUAUAUAUGCCGCGUCUGUGCUGAUGGAGACCCUAUUUCUGCCUCUUGUUACGGGUGUAAACCAGGCAAUAAGACUGAAUUUGAGUAUUCGGCCAACUUGACAGAAGAAGAAUUUCAAGAACACCCGAUAAUCAACUGGGAUGGAAUAAUAUGGGUCAACAGACCCCUAUAUUUAUGGAUAGUACAAGUCAUAUUAGCCAUGAUUUCGUUUACAGAAGCUAUAUUGUUAGCCUAUUUAGGUUAUAAGGGAAACAUUUGGCAGCAAGUGUUGUCUUUUCAUUUUAUACUAGAGAUGGUAAACACAAUACCUUUCGCGUUGACUCUACCUUUCCCGCCACUACGGAACCUAUUUAUACCGGUAUUUCUUAAUUGUUGGUUGGCCAAAAGAUCUUUGGAGAAUAUGUUUAAUGACCUCCAUCGAGCGAUGCAGAAAUCUCAAUCGGCGCUGUCUCAGCAGUUGAUGAUAUUAUGUGUCACCUUACUGUGCCUCGUUUUUACAAGUGUAUGCGGUAUACAACACUUCCAACGUGCUGGACAUCGGCAUCUCAACUUAUUCCAAGCAAUGUACUUCGUCGUGGUGACCUUUUCAACAGUUGGAUACGGAGACUUCGUGCCUGAUAUAUGGCCAUCUCAAUUAUUUAUGGUGAUAAUGAUAGGAGUUGCUCUUGUUGUUUUACCGACACAGUUCGAGCAAUUGGCGUUUACUUGGAUGGAAAGACAAAAAUUGGGAGGAUCCUACUCAUCUCAUCGUGCGCAAUCAGAAAAGCAUGUCGUAGUGUGUUCGACUACUCUCCAUGCUGACACAAUUAUGGAUUUUUUGAAUGAAUUUUAUGCACAUCCAUUACUGCAAGAUUACUAUGUUGUUUUACUAUCUCCUAUGGAAUUAGAUACGACAAUGAGAAUGAUCUUACAGGUCCCUAUAUGGGCUCAAAGAGUUAUUUAUAUUCAAGGCUCAUGUCUAAAAGACACCGAUCUUAUUAGAGCUCGAAUGAACGAAGCUGAAGCUUGUUUCAUACUAGCAGCACGAAACUAUGCUGAUAAGACAGCUGCUGAUGAACACACAAUUUUAAGGUCUUGGGCUGUUAAAGAUUUUGCUCCAGAUGUGCCACAAUAUGUACAAAUUUUUAGACCAGAAAAUAAAUUGCACGUGAAAUUCGCUGAAUUUGUUGUAUGUGAAGACGAGUUUAAAUACGCUCUCCUAGCUAAUAAUUGCACAUGCCCUGGUGCAUCAACUCUCGUAACACUUUUACUACAUACUAGCAGAGGACAGGAGGGGCAACAGUCACCAGAAGAAUGGCAUCGUCUAUAUGGAAAGUGCUCUGGAAACGAAAUUUACCACAUUGUUUUAGGAGACAGUCGUUUCUUUGGCGAAUACGAAGGCAAAAGUUUUACUUAUGCAAGUUUUCACUCUCACAGAAAGUAUGGUGUAGCUUUAGUUGGGGUCCGCCCUGCCGAAUUACCAGAGUUUUAUGAAGAUACAAUCUUGUUAAAUCCCGGACCUCGUCAUAUCAUGAAAAGUAGCGAUACAUGUUACUACAUGAGCAUCACUAAAGAAGAAAACUCCGCAUUCGUUGUAUCCGAAAAACAAAUAGAAAAUAAACCGACAAUACCCAAAGAUCAAACAGCAUGUAGCCUGCUUUCAAACGAGAAGAAAAGUGGCGACGCAGAGGAGGGUACUGGCCAGCAGAAAAAAACAGACGGUAGUAACGUCGCUCAAUACGAACUCCCACAAGUGAUUCUCCAAGCUCCCGCGAGUUCCACACCAAACGCAUCGCCAUCACGCAUCAACCAAGCUAAUAUUGUAUCAUCCGCUAAUUUUACUGUCGCUAGCUCAAAGUAUGGUGAAGGCACAUCAACGUCAGAUUCUAGAACCUGUUUAAAAGAUUCUCCAGGAACCGACAGCGCUACAGACAGCCAUUUAUUAUUACCUAAACCAGACAAUACUAACUUCCUCAGUCCAGACGCUUUGAAUUAUCGUAGAGGAAGCAGAAGGCCAUCCAUUUUGCCCGUACCUGACAUGGUGACAAGUAGUCUUAAUAUUGCUUCUGAUAAUCAAGAUGAUGAAGCAGAAAUAGACGAAAGUGAAGAUGAAUUAGAAGAUGAUGUACCAUGGAGAUCACCGUCAGAAAAAAUAGCUGAUGACGUCACCACCAGCAGCUUCUCUUCGCUGGCAGGCAGUGACAUCGUGCACAGUGCUUGGCGAAAUGAUUUUACCAGGAUCGUCAAAGGAUUUCCGCCCGUAUCGCCAUUUAUUGGAGUCAGUCCAACUUUGUGCUACUUAUUGAAAGAGAAGAAGCCCUUAUGUUGUUUGCAACUAGCUCAAGUAUGCGAACACUGUGCAUACAGAAACGCUAAAGAGUACCAAUGGCAAAACAAAACAAUCAUCCUUGCUGCUGACUACGCUUCAAAUGGAAUUUAUAAUUUCAUCAUUCCUUUAAGAGCUCAUUUUAGAUCAAAGACAUCCCUAAAUCCUAUUAUCUUAUUAUUGGAGCGCAGGCCCGACAUUGCAUUUUUAGAUGCAAUAUCAUAUUUUCCUUUAGUUUACUGGAUGCUGGGAUCUAUAGACUGCUUAGAUGACCUUCUACGAGCGGGAAUAACUCUGGCCGAAAAUGUAGUAGUAGUCAACAAAGAACUUUCAAAUUCAGCUGAAGAGGAUAGCCUAGCUGAUUGUAAUACAAUAGUCGCUGUACAAACAAUGUUCAAAUUCUUUCCAUCAAUUAAAUCAAUAACAGAACUGUCACAAUCUUCUAAUAUGCGGUUCAUGCAAUUUCGAGCACACGACAAAUAUGCACUACAUCUCUCAAAAAUGGAAAAGCGUGAAAAAGAACGUGGCUCCCACAUCUCUUACAUGUUCCGUCUACCAUUCGCUGCAGGGUCUGUGUUCUCAGCUUCGAUGUUGGAUACUUUACUCUAUCAAGCAUUUGUCAAAGACUAUGUGAUCACAUUUGUUCGACUUUUGUUAGGAGUCGAUCAAGCUCCAGGAUCAGGAUUUCUUACAUCAAUGAAAAUUACAAAGGAAGACAUGUGGAUACGUACAUACGGUCGGCUUUACCAAAAGUUGUGUUCUACAACUUGCGAAAUUCCUAUAGGGAUCUAUCGCACACAGGACACAACAUUAGCCGAUGCUUCUCACCACGUGAGUAUGUCGCCACGGACUCCAUCAAAAUGGUUUUGGUCACGCCUCGCGAGAAUGCGACCAUCGCGUGCAUCGUUCCAGCAGGACGAGGGAGAAAGCGGAGGAUUUCCGGCGUGCGGCCGCCGCCGCCGGGAGGCUACUAGCUGCCUCGGCGGCUGCUACGGGGAACGCACGCCGGCGUAUUCUACAAGUCUGGCUGAUGAAGCAAGAGACAAUCAUGCACAACAAAUUGAAAGAGCUGAAAUAGCCAAUCUAGUACGUUCGAGAAUGGAAUCACUAAAUCUUACUGGCAUAGAUUAUGAUGACGUCAGCGAAAAACGAAACAGCUUAUCAUAUGUCAUUAUUAAUCCUAGUUGCGACUUAAAUUUACAAGAAGGAGAUAUCAUAUACCUGGUUCGACCAUCACCAUUCUCAGCACAAAAAACAUUUGAGCGUCACAACAGUCGUCGUAAAUCAAAUAUCAGCUUCUGUUCGCAAGCUUUAAUACAAGCUCAAGGUGUGGCCAGUAGAAGGGGCUCCGGUAUCGGUGCAAGCUUCGCCCAACCUCGUGCUCCUCCACUGUCUACUACUAAAGCUAACUCUCUCUCUUUACCCGAUAGUCCAACAAUUAUAACAGAUUUUCGUGGACGGUCAAAUUCACUUCGUGUUGUCGAUGAUAUACUAUUAAGACGAUCUAAUUCUCUGCGACAAGGUCUUAGUGGAGUCGGAUCGCGACGUCGGAAAAGCAGUUUAGAAGAAAUUGGAAUAUCCCAUUUCAAUUCUUUAUUACAACAUCAACAACAACAGCAGCAGCAAAAUGCAAAUGCGAUAAAAAUAGCACUAAAUGGUAGUAUUGGAUUAGAAGUGACACCACCAGAGGAGAAUCCUUCAGAUAGACUACCAGGACCGAGUAUUCCACUCAGUGGGUACCAAGAGGUAGCCGCUGCCCUUCCAUCUACUUCUAUGGGCCCAACUCUACCCCCGGCCCAGGCAGCGGAUCCACAACAUCUCCAAGGAACUAUUGUAUGAUACCAUCUUAUGUGGGGACGACGACUCAGUUCCGUAGUUAGAAACAAGUGGACGUAGUAAGCACGAAAUGUAACAGUAAUUUUGAAAUAUUUACCUCUGUAAUAAUUUCGAACAUAUAUAAUAAGUGUCCACUAUUAGGCGGAACUGCAUUCUAUCUCGUAGCGUCUCUACUUUGCACGUAGUUUUUAAUCUUUGUAAAUUUCCGAAAAUAAGUACUUUAAUUAGUUGUUUAGGAUGGAGGCAAAAGAGCUGUGUAAUGUAAGAGGGAUCAACUAGUUACUAUGUAAAAGGGGAUUUAUCAGCUUAAUGCUGUAUGUAUAUAAUGGAGCUUUACUUCGAUGUAAUACAUCAAAUUUGUAAAUAAAAAUCUCAUAAAGAUACCUAUACAAAAUGUUAUUUGUAAAUAUCUAAUAUAAGAAAACGUUAUAUACUAAACCAGCUGUUAGAUACCUACUUUUUUAGAUAUAAUUGACCAAAUCAAUAAUAUUGUAUCAUUUGAAUUUCAACAUAGAUCAGUAAUUUAAACUAAAUAAUAUAUCAUUAGAUUUGUUGAAGAUAUCAAAUUUUAAUUCACAUAGUAUCACAACGAGAUAAUCAAAUAAAUUCAUGUAAUCACGA